CGUGCCCAGCCGGACUGAGGGUGGUGAACUCCAGGUGCCUUUCGGAAUGGCUGCAAAAGCCCACACCUGGAAAUCACUGCCUGCCUGCCCCUCCCUGGCAGGUUGCACUGGGGAGACGCUCUGGUCAUCAGAGGAAUGAGCCAGGAGAGAGCCAUUCGCCAGCCCGCCAGCACUUGGUAGGAAGCAGAGGCGAGGAUGGACGCGGUGGACAGCCUUCUUGUGAAUGGGAGCAAUGUCACACCUCCCUGCGAGCUCGGCUUUGAGAAUGAGACCCUCUUCUGCUUGGAUCGGCCCCGGCCUUCCAAAGAGUGGCAGCCGGCGGUGCAGAUUCUCUUGUACUCCUUGAUCUUCCUGCUCAGCGUGUUGGGAAACACGCUGGUCAUUACAGUGCUGAUUCGGAACAAGAGGAUGAGGACUGUCACCAACAUCUUCCUGCUCUCACUGGCCGUCAGUGACCUCAUGCUCUGCCUCUUCUGUAUGCCCUUCAACCUCAUCCCCAGCCUGCUCAAGGAUUUCAUCUUUGGGAGCGCCAUGUGCAAGACCACCACCUACUUCAUGGGCACCUCUGUGAGCGUAUCCACCUUUAAUCUGGUAGCCAUAUCGCUGGAGAGAUAUGGAGCAAUUUGCAAGCCUUUGCAGUCCCGGGUCUGGCAAACAAAAUCGCAUGCUUUGAAGGUGAUCGCUGCUACCUGGUGCCUCUCCUUCACCAUCAUGACUCCAUACCCUAUUUACAGCAACUUGGUGCCUUUUACCAAAACUAACAACCAGACCGGGAAUAUGUGCCGCUUUCUCCUGCCAAGCGAUGCUAUGCAGCAGACCUGGCACACGUUCCUGUUACUCAUCCUCUUUCUGAUUCCUGGAAUUGUGAUGAUGGUGGCAUAUGGAUUAAUCUCUCUGGAACUUUACCAAGGAAUAAAAUUUGAUGCUAGCCAGAAGAAGUCCACUAAAGAAAGGAAGACGAGCACUAGCAGCAGUGGCCAACUAGAGGACAGCGACGGGUGUUACCUGCAGAAGCCCAAGCACCCCAGGAAGCUGGAGCUUCGGCAACUGUCCCCCAGUAGCAGCGGUGGCAGCAGGAUCAACCGCAUCCGGAGCAACAGCUCCACUGCCAACUUGAUGGCCAAGAAGCGGGUGAUCCGCAUGCUCAUCGUCAUCGUGGUCCUCUUCUUCCUGUGCUGGAUGCCCAUCUUCAGUGCCAAUGCCUGGCGAGCCUAUGACACCGCCUCUGCUGAGCGCCGCCUCUCGGGGACGCCCAUCUCCUUCAUCCUCCUGCUCUCCUACACCUCCUCCUGCGUCAACCCCAUCAUCUACUGCUUCAUGAACAAACGGUUCCGCCUCGGCUUCAUGGCCACCUUCCCCUGCUGUCCCAACCCGGGUCCCCCAGGGGUGAGAGGAGAGGUGGGGGAGGAGGAGGAAGGCAGGACCACAGGGGCAUCUCUGUCCAGGUACUCCUACAGCCACAUGAGCACCUCUGCCCCGCCCCCGUGAGCUGGCCCCUGGGCCACCCAGUGCUGCAGGAAGGAGGCCACCGGAGGAGGAAGAAAAGGAGAGAGCAGAAGGAGGAGGACGCAGAAGGGAAGAAGGAAGGCCGGGUUUCCCGAGAGCACUCUCCAUUGUCUGCGUUUCAUCCUUCUUCUGUUCCUAGAGAGGAAGUCCUGAUCCAGGGAGGCCAUGACUUGGUUUCCAGGUAGUCCAGGCAGGAUAUUCUCAGAAACACUCACCAUCAGAGAAGCCAGGGCAGGCUAGUGACAGGAGUCCACAGAGUCACACCGUAAACAUAAUUGCCAAGCAUAUAUUCAAAUGCAGAUGUGGACCCUACAGAGCUUUAGAAAGUUCUGGAACACUCCAUAUCACUCUCCACAGCAACACCUUUCUAUAUUCUGCUGCUUCUGCUUGUGCAGAGCUGUGGGGGCUGCUUUGUCCCAGGAAGCCCACAACUUUCAAGUACAUACUGCAGCCGCCCGUCUUCCUGCAGUCACCUCCUUUGGCCCUGUUCUGUGGGAGGAAACCAGUCUGGUGGUCUACAUCUCGAGCUCUGGUGGAGGGCAUUCAGAAACACAGGAUUAUGUCAUCAUCACAACCACUGAAGGAAUGUUGUCCUGAAGAAGGAAUUUAAUAGAACUCAUAUUUCUACAAAGAAAAGAGAUUACAAGGCAAAAAACUACAUGGAAGAAUGUCUUACCUUAAGGAAUGUUAAGUCCAGAUGGUGCACUGCAAGUGUUUUCUGCUUCCCCUUUAUAUGGUGAUUUUGAACCUCAUUACUUCACUGCCUUAACUUAAUUUCCCAUAUUUAUCUCCACGUUCGUUACAUAUAGGUAUACUUUUGGAUGUGUUAAGAAAAAAGAAUCCUUAAGAGAUGUUGGAAUUUAGCAAGUGUUACUCAUUUUAUAUUCCUGCAGAAAAUAAGGAGUUCUGUGUGAACUUUGUUUGCAAAAUUAAUGUUGAAUUCUCUCCAUCCUAAGUUAGAAAUCUCAAUUUAAAAUAAGAUACCAGGGAAGUGCCUUUCUAGAAUAGUAUGUGUCAGUCCAAUCUACAAUGUUUUUUUUUUUUUUUUUUCUGAAGAACAAAAUUGUCCAACCUGCUAAAAUAAAUCAGCAUCAACACUUUUGACAGAAGCAAAUUUGCAUAAUGGUGUGGGAGAUAAGCAAACACAGAAAAAAAAACAAAGAAAGUGUGUGGCUUCCUGUCUCCAAGCAUGUGUUGUUUCAUUGGGGUUAUCUGUACACACUGACCCAGGCUGAUAAGCUGUGGGGUGAUUUCAACCAUCACCCCCCCAAAUCUCAGUGUGGAAAAGGCGGGGAGUGACAAGAGGUGAUGGGGUAACAGGUAUUGUGUAACUUGAUACGAUGCGGGGGUCACAUUUGCUCUCUAGUGGGUAACAGUCAUGUGCUAAGAAGAAACUGAGAGUGUGACUGUUGGAGAGGACUUUUCAAGCCACACUGUUCCUUCUCUGACCAUGAUCUUACUUUUCUUUCACUAACCAUCUCAAGGUUGCUUUUACCAUUUCAAGGUAAAAAUUUAACCGACUAAAAUAUGCAUUGCCACAAAGGUAGUGGGAAAAGGUAUACGAAAGAAAAAUGUCAUCAGUAGCUCAGUGUGUCUUGCAUUAGUUACAGUUUUCCCACCGGAAGAAUAAGUCUUUCCCUCUGACAGUGUUAACAUAUAAACAAAACAAAUGCCCCCAACUAUUGGGAACUUCUGGAAUUUCCAAAGAUAUAUUGACCUAAAAAAUAAGGUCCCCUAGCUUAGCUAAUUAAAGUACAGAUACCAAGCUAAUUCUAAUUUCAGAUAAGCUAUGAAAAAUUUUUAGUAUGACUAUGUCCCGUGCCCUAAAAUACAUCCUGUAUUUUAACUUUCCACCCUACUUUGAAAUAUUUAAAAAUACAAAACUACAAAGACGAUUUUGCAGUUAUAAUGCAAUAAAAUUCCCCUACUCAUUUAAUUUAUUGGAAAGUCUUUUGCUUAAUGAAAGCCGUUUUUAAAGGAGAAGAAAAACAAUUAACUUUCAGGAUCUGUGUCUGACCUUUGGAAAGGUCUGGUUUUACUGACUUUUUAAAAAUUUAAUAUAAUGCUCUUCUCCUACUUUGUUAACUGGCUUUAUUUCAUGCUAAAGUAGAUUAGGAACUAAAGUGGCCAUAGAGUUAAAAAAAAAAAAAAUAUAUCAAUUUUCUGGUGUUUUCUAGUGGCUUCUGGUAGUUUCCUCCAUCACCUGAGUGACGUUAGGGCACUGGAAUGGAGAGUUAUAGCUUUGUCCUUUAAUUAUAUCCUGUGUAUCAGUGGCUUCUUGUGCCCCAUCACCGUGGUAACCUCUCCUAAUAAACCUGUUGGUGGUGAAUGAGCAGUGUCUGUGAGUCUAGAGCUCUGUUAUACACAUCCCUAUAUGCUUAACAGAUAUCCCCUUCCUUCAAGUAAAAUGUAAUCCUCAUUACAUGAGUGAUGGUGGCUGUACUUCCCCCAAUACCCCC